AUGUCUCGUUCGGACGAAAAGCACACUAUCGAUGGGAUGAACGAUGCCGAUCAUGUCGAAGAGAAUCUCAAAUCAUCAGAUGCAGUGGUUCUCAAGUCCGAUCACGAUAGCUUGGGAGUGUGGGCGACGGUACGGAAGUUCAAGAAGGCGGUAAUAGUCUGCAACCUUCUCUGCAUAGCCGCGGCGGCGGAUGGAUACCAAAUCACCCUCAAUGGCAACAUAAUUGCAAACCAAGGAUUCAUCGACCACGUGGGGUUCAGAAACGCGCAAGGGAAUUACGUUUUAAAUGCCCAGUACACUGCCUUAUGGGGCGCAAUGCAAUCAUUGGGCCAACUGGUUGGAAUGGUUCUUCUCAAUCCAGUUUCGGACGCCAUCGGCCGGAAGAUGACGCUGUACACUCUGUGGGUCAUUCUUGCAGCAUCAUUGAUAAUCGAGACAACCGUACGCGACUGGCGAGACUGGACGGGUGCGAAGCUGCUGGCUGGAAUCGGAGUCGGCUGCAUUCAGUCGACCCUCCCAGUUUAUGUGACUGAGUGGUCUCCUGUGAAUAUUCGUGGGGCCAUGGUACUGGCGUACGGUUUCUGGAACUCCUUUGGGAAGUUCUUACCGCCUCUGGUUUUGACGGUUGUCCAAGAGAGCGAUCCCACCAACUACAAACUCCCGAUCCUAACCCAGUGGGCGUUUUUGGGCUUGAUGUUGCCAAUUUUCGUUUGGCUGCCAGAGACCGCAGCAUAUUACGCAAUUCGGGGACAAGACGAUCGAGGCAAAGCGACGCUCCACAGAGUCAACGGAAAUGUUCCCAGAUACGAUGUAGAGCGUGAGUAUGCUAUCAUCAAGAACACCAUCUUGGAGGAAAAGGGUCUGCAUCAAGAAGCCGAGGCCAGUAACUUCAAACAGCUCGUUUCCUCGUACAUGGAAUGCUUCAAAGGUCCCAAUGCCAGACGCACAUUGGGUGCUACACUCCCAAUUUGCUCUCAACAGCUGACUGGAUUGGCGUUUUUGAAUGUUUAUGCUAGUCUGUUCUUCAAGCAGAGUGGUUUUAAGAAUGCAUUCCUGAUCACAACCAUCAUGACUGUCAUCUCUUUUGCGACCUCGAUCUUUCUCAUUCUUGGAACAGACAGACUGGGACGCCGACCCAUUGUUAUCAUUGCUUCAUUCACCUGCUCGACAGCAAUGCUGGUUGUGGGGAUUCUGGGACAGGUGCAUCAAUCUUCCGCUGUUCAGAACCUUCUCAUCUUCGCCGCGUGCGUCUGGUCUUUCUUCAGCAAUGCUUUGGGAAUGCUUGGGUGGGCUUUUGUUGGGGAGAUUGCAUCCCAAAAUCUUCGUGCAAGGACAGCAGGUAUAUCUGCUGCGGUCUCUGUUCUUUUCGGGUUGACUUUCAACACUGCGGUGCCAAUCAUGCUUGACGUCGAACGAGCCAACUGGGGCUACAAUACUGCGUGGCUGUUUUUCGCCACGGGGACUUUGAUGUGCGGAUUGAUAUGGUUCCAUGUUCCGGAGCCAGCUCAACGCAACCCGGCAGAGAUGGAUGAAAUGUAUCACAAGCGCAUCCCGGCAUGGAAGAUGAGAAAGUACGUCACGGAUGUCCAGCGGACACAACAGGGGAUUAUGGAAAUGGAAGAUGAGAAGCGUGAGUAG